AUGAUUGAGACCUUCAAGAAAGGUUUGGACCGAAGAGACAUGGAAGAAAUUCGAAAGACCACGUAUGAUGAUCUCAAAGAAAGUAUCGCCAGCCUCCAAGCUAGACAUCAUUCCCAGCGUCGCCUACAGGACUUCAGUCGACUUGAAUCCUUCCUCGAGGCUAUUGAGCAGUAUGGAUCAGUGAUCACUGGGCUAUUCUAUCAGGGUGACGACCUCCUUGCUUUUGUCUGGGGACCUCUUAAAAUCCUUUUGAAGCAAACGAGCAUGACUGAGAAAGCUUUCUGUGAACUCUUGAACGCAUAUCAAAACCUCGGAGAGAAUCUCCCGCGGCUCCUACAAUACAAAGAUGUGUUAUCCUCUAUGACACACAUGAUCGGAGUUCUAGUAUCUCUGUAUGAGGACUUGCUUGAGUUCCAGCAGAUACUUUUGCGGUAUUUUAAACAGCUUCAGUGGCAGCGUGUGUUUGACGAGUCCUGGAACACGUGCAGGACUCGCUGCUCCAGCAUCGUUAUCAGAAUUGCGCGACGUCGAAGUCUGAUUGAAAGCCAAGCGAGCCCACCCCAGAUCGAAGAAGUUCGUGAUAGUAUUCAGCAGGAUCGAGAGAACGAAGAUCGUGAAGUCCAUCAACAUGAUUUGAAGCGAACUCGAGAUGUGUUCAACUGGCUGAAACCAACGAAUGUUGAUAUUGAUCAAGACACAUUCAUCCAAGCGCGCGCGGAUUACCCCAACACUGGCCAUUGGCUUCUAGAAGAUUCGGCCUUCAAAGAUUGGUUUGAUCCGCGCUAUGUUACCAUACCUCCAUUGCUUUGGCUGAACGGUAUUCCGGGAGCAGGAAAAACCAUCCUUGCCUCCCUUGUCGUGCAGAAAGCUCGGGAACUUGACCCGGCCCCUAUCGUCUUGUUUUACUAUUUUAAACACGGAGACCCCGACCGAGAUAACUUUGUUUCUCUCGGACGUAGUCUACUUGCACAGUUUCUGAGACACGACAACGAGCUACUACCAACACUCUACGAAAAGUCUUGCCGAGAUGUUGAGGCCACGCUUACCUCAUCAACCUUGAUCGAAGAACUGUUGAAUUUAGCGUUUGAUAACUGCAAGAGUGCAUACAUCAUUCUGGACGGCUUGGACGAGUGCCCGCGAGAUCAGCGAAAGUUCAUAGCGCAGUGGUUCCGCAACCUGGUUGAGAACCUUCCCAGCGACGCACCUGAUAGACUGCGUUGCCUUUUCGUCAGCCAAGACGACGGAGCUGCUCGCAAAGACUUCGCUGGGCUGGCUAGCAUCAAGAUAGAUGCCGAGGACAAUCAAAGUGAUAUUGAACAGUACAGCCGUAUAGAGGCUGACAAGCUCCACCGACAGCAUCCAGAUCUCUCUGAAGAGAAGUUGAACUGGAUUGCAAGUAUUGUGGCAAAUUCUGCGAAAGGACAAUUCUUACUGGCCAAGUUGAGAUGGAUCAACCUCUCUGGCCAUACAUCCAUUGCAAGAUUGGAGGAGGAACUGGAUCCCAACGUCUUCCCUAGGGAGGUUCACGAUGUUUACCGCCGAAUCAUGGUUCGCAUAAAUGAGUCGGCUCCAGGAACAGCGAUGAAGGAUAUUCUGAGACUACUGGGCUGGCUUGUUUGUGCAAAGAGACCACUCAAAUGGCACGAAAUACAAUGCAUGAACUCAAUCAACCUCUAUGAGCGUCGGGUUGAUUUUGAACAUCAGAGGUUCAUCAAGUCUCCCAAAGAGCUUCUGGCUUCCUUAGUGGAACUUCGUCCAGAUGGCGCCCUCGAACUUGUUCAUUCAACUGCCACGUAUUUUCUUCUUGAAGAGAAGCACAUCGACCCGCUGGCCAAUGAAAUCGGACUUGCCAACUUGUGUAUUGACUAUCUUAACAUGCCUGCAUUCGUGGAACCCCCUUCGGAGGAGGGCGUUUUGAACGGCGAUUACGGCUUCAUGGACUAUGCGGUCCUAUUCUGGCUUCGUCACCUGGAAGCAGGGGCCACCCUAAAGGCAGACGAGACAGAAUUGAUGGAUCCCCUCGCUGAGUCAUUGGAUAUCUUCAUCGCCCAGCAUUGGAAGUCACCUGCCGUUGAGUUUACGCUGGCAAAGCGCCAUAGCGAUAAACUCAAAUCUUUCGAAGCUCGGCCAUUCUAUGGUCAACUUGAACAAGCGGUAGCCUCAACGAAGAAGCAGUUAAAGUACUUUGGCAAGUUAAGGGAUGGAGAGGUUGCUCUCGACCUUGCUCAUGUUGUUGCUAGGGUUCGGGAAUGCAUGGAGGCUAUGGCCUCCAAUGAGUUGCAGCCAAGCACGCGAGAAAAGAUUGAGCAGAGGUAUGGAACCAACAUCUUCAAAUGUCCAAGGUUCAGCUGCCACUUCUUUACAACGGGGUUUGCUUCAGCUUCUGAACGGGACAAACACAUCAGCAAGCAUGAUCGGCCAUUUCAAUGUUCUGAGGAGAAUUGUGUCAUGCACACUCUCGGCUUUUCUUCUGAAGCUGAACGGGACAGGCACAUGAGAGAAAACCAUCUCAGCAGCCCAUUUCAUGAUGAAGACUUCCCGACCGAUCAAGAUGUUGAGCGUAGCAUCUUGGAUCAUCAGAUCGCAGAAGAUUCUGCUCCCACGAUGGAUGGUUUCCACGAUCAACAGGGUAAUACGCAGGAGGUCGUGGGAGUUGAGCAAGAACAAGAACAGCACCAGUUGGAGCCGGAAGUUAACGCAUCCUAUCAGCAACGACAGAAACGACAGCGGCAAACCGAGUUCAAAUGUGACAAUUGUUCACAGGUGUACAAAAAGCGCUACAACCUACAGUCGCAUCUAAGGACCCAUGGUGUGGAGCGUCCUUAUCCCUGCGCGCACUGCGACAAAGAAUUCGCACGGUCGGGGGAUUGGAAGCGCCACAUGAAGACACACACAGGAGAGAAGAGCUUCGAUUGUCACGGUUCCUUAAGAGAUGGGAGGACUUGGGGUUGUGGGAAGUCAUUCUCGCGCGCGGAUAUCCUGAGGAAGCACUGGGAGUCGCGGAGAGGACGAGAAUGCAGGCAGGCAUUUGUAGAAGAGGAAGAACCAAAUUGCCAACUACCAAACCAACCAAUCAUUCAAACUCCUGGAGAGCAACGGGACGACCCGGAUAAUUUGGCUGGAUAA